AUGUCGUUACGGCGGUUGGAAAAAAUAGAGGCAUCAAAUAAACGGGAGGAAAUAAACCGUGUAGUGAGUAAGAGGAGGCUGCGCCAGACGAACAACUCAUUGGAAAGAGUAUCGGAGAUGCGGAUUAUAUGGGUGGACACUGGACGGAAAACAUCAUGGUUGACUUUACCUAUAUUCAUUCCUAUAUUCCAAUUAAUUGAAUUACGAGGUUAUGGAAAAUCAGUCAAAAACUACAACAUCAGUACAAUAAUAAUAUUAUGUUUUUCAGUUGACCCCACUUCUAUAUCAUCUACAUCAGAUUAG